AUGUCUUCCGAGCCGCUAGACGAAAUCCAGUGGAAGUCGCCCGAGUGGAUCCAGCAGUUCGGCUUGCACACCGGCAACGUGCUCGACUACUUCUCGGAGUCGCCGUUCUACGACCGCACGUCCAACAACCAGGUGCUCCGCAUGCAAUUCCAGUUCCAGCAGAUGCCGCCCAACGUCCAUCCACAGCAGUACUUGCAGACGCGGUUGGCGGAGAUGGUGGGCACGGAGUUUGUCGUGGCGUUUGUGCGCGAGCCCGACUUCUGGGUCGUCCGCAGGCAGCGCCGCUUGGACCCCCACAACACCAUCACCGAACACGACUACUACAUCAUCGGCGCCAACGUGUACCAGAGCCCGAUGAUCUACGACGUGCUCGCGGCGCGGUUGCUCUCGUCGGUGCUCUCGAUGAAGAAAUCCGUGGCCUUGCUCAACCAGAUGUCCACGUUCAGCAUCAGCGAGGGCGGCCACACGUAUCCCAGCGAGGCUGCGGGCGCAGCCAGCGGCGGUGCUGCGGGCGGCAAGGCGCAGCUUUCUGCCGGCUCCGCGGGUUUGGUGGGCACGCCCACGAGUCUGUCCAACCCGGGAACCGUGGCGCAGACGACGGGGGCCACGGACAUUGGGCUGGCGGGGCCCAUGGCCGAGACCUCGGGCGGCGUUUCCACGGAGGUGCUGGCCGCGGCGUUUGAAAACCUACUCAACAGCGUGGUGGCGCCGGUGGCGCCGGAGAAAAGCAUCUACAUCGACGACAUUCCGCUCUAUGGGAAGGGCAGCACGGUGGAGCAGCUUGGGCUCGUGGUGAACCUCGACGACGAGUAG